AUGAAGGUGACUGUGACCCUGCUGUUCCUGAUCCUUUCCAUAAGUGCUGCUGAUGGGAAGGAUUUGCAGGACCAGAGGGGACAACUUGAGGACAAAAUGAUCAGUGUGCCUGAGGCCACUCCUGUGCCGUAUCCCAUAUACCAGUUUGUAUCCACAGCUGAUGGUGUGUCAUCAUAUCGAGUAAUCGGUGAGACAGAAGGCAAAAUUAAAAUAUCCACAGAUGGAUGGCUCUACCUAGAAGAAGCACUGGUCUGGAGUCCAGAGCAAAGACACUCUAUAAAGAUUGAAGCUGUUUCUGCGGAUGAUGAAACUGUGGAUGGGCCCUACGCUGUAACGCUGAUUGUUCAGGAUGUCAACAACAAUCCACCCAUUUUUACUGAAAAGGUGUACACUGGUAGCAUCAUGGAACGUAAACCUGCAGGAGUGCCCAUUGUACAUGUGACGGCAUCGGACAAUGAUGACCCAGAGACGCCAAACGCUGCACUGGUUUACAGUAUCGUUAGCCAGAUACCUGAUACCCCAGAAUCACCACUAUUCACCAUUGAUCCACACACUGGGCGGAUAAGCACCACUGAAGAGGGUGCUUUGACUCUGAAGGCACAAAAGCGAGUGGCGUACCAUAUCGAUGAGGUUCGUGGCAGCCCUGAAGUUCUGAGGAGCAAGUUUGAGGAAUAUUGCACUCCAGUCAACGAAAUCCCAUACGAAGAAAACCCUUUCUUCACCUGUGUCCAGAAAUCUGAGGUGCUGCGACGGAACAAUUUCGAGGAUCCAGAUUACACUCUGCUUGUUCGUGUGGAGGAUCUCGGGGGCGAAGCUGAGAAUGCUCUCAGUGGCACGGCACUGGUCCACAUUGUCAUCACUCAAAAUCUCUGGGUCCCACCACCACCAAUCACCAUCAAGGAAAAUCUGAUAUCUGACUACCCCAAGCUAAUAGCCACGGUUCAUGCUAAUGACCCUGAUGCGCUAUAUAGAUUGGUACAAAAGGAAAGAUCGCUUGAAUUUCCAUUCAGCAUCGACCAAGAGGGACAAAUCUUCGUCAACGGGCCAUUGGACAGAGAGGCGAAGGACAUGUAUAUCCUGGUAGUGUUUGCUGAAGAUGAGGAGGGAAAUGAGCUGGAGCCCCCUAUGGAGAUUCCUGUGAAGGUCUUGGAUGAGAACGACAAUGCACCUGUGUGCCUUCAUGACCAGGCUGUGCUUGAGGUGCAGGAAAAUGAGAUAGCGGGUAAUGUGGUUGGCUUCGUGCCUGUUCAUGACGCUGACGACGAGAAAACACCCAAUGCAUUGCUAAGUUACACCAUCUUGAGCCAGACUCCUGACAAACCCUCAGCAACCAUGUUCACUGUCGAUGGCUUCAGCGGAAAGAUACAGGUGGCAAACCAAAACUUCAUAAGGAGACAGGUAGCGGAAUAUAAGCUUAACAUCAAAGUGGCCGACGGAGGGGGAGUCGCUGAAGGUCACAGUAUUGAGUGUGAAGUCACCAUAAAGGUCAUUGACCUCAAUAACGAGAUCCCGAUCUUCGAGAGAAAUGACUACGGAGUGCACAGCAUUCCUGAGUUAGCAGAAGUAGGUACCCAAGUGCUGACUAUUAAAGCCAAUGACGCUGACGAUCCUGGAACUGGCAGUUCUAAGGUGGAAUACUUCAUCACUUCUGGUGAUCCACAUAAGAUGUUUGCCAUAGAGGUCGAUGAGGACACCGGAGAAGGGAAAGUUUACAUCGCCAAGCCUCUGGACUAUGAGGAGCAGCACUCCUACAAGCUUCAGAUUGAUGCUCGGAACCCGGAGCCCUUGGUCAAAGGUGUUGAAUAUGAUGCUCAGUCUACAACAGUUGUUGUCAUCGACCUAGUGAACAUUGACGAGCCCCCAGAAUUCACAAUGGAUAGCAUGGAGAUCAACGUGCCCGAAAACUUCACCAAGGGAGCAACCAUCCUGAAGAUCGACGCCAAAGACCCGGAGGGACAAGAAAUCAAGUUUAAGAUGGAGGGUGAUGAGCUGGGUUGGCUUGAGCUGGAUGAAAACACAGGAGAAUUGAAGACCAAAGGAGAUCUGGACAGAGAGGCAGCAGAAAAAAUCAACAUCAAGGUCACUGUUUUUGAGAAGGAUGCUCCAGACCAGAAGGUCGAGAGAGAUCUCUCCAUUCAUCUGAUGGACGUCAAUGAUAAUAUGCCUAAACUGGAGGUGACUACGGGCUUCAUAUGUGUGGCAAAAAUGACGCCCAUCGUUCUGAGGGCUUCAGACUCUGACGGCGCACCUUUUGGAGAACCUUUCCAGUUCUCUCUGGGGCGCAAGUCCCCCAACUGGGAGGUCAAAGAAUUGGAUGGGACUUCUGCCCACCUGAUCCUGAAGAAGAAACCUCCAAAGGACGAUACCUUUAAAGUACCUGUUCUCAUCAAAGACAACGCAGGAAUGGGAGUGUCGCAAACCUUUGAGGUGCGUGUGUGUAACUGCACGUCACUGGGCUAUUGCUAUGAGGAGCCUGGCGUCCAAGAUGGGGUGUGGGGCAUGGGGAACACCAUUGCCAUCCUGGCAGGAACAAUUGGCUUCAUGCUUCUGGUCUUGGUGAUUGUUGCUCAUCGCAUUAAAAAAUCAAACGAGAAGAAGAAGGCGGCAGCCGUGAUGGCCGAGGCCGAGGGCGAAGCCAUGAUGUAG